UGUAGCACUUUCUCAGUGUGUUUGCUUUGUGUACCACAACUUACUGCUCUGCCUCAGUAUAAAAAAAACAAAAACAAAAAAACAAAAACAAAAAAACACACGCACAAAGUCGCAAUGAUUUCAACAUUUGUGUACGUUUAUUUUAUCUUAAGUGUUAACAUCCGUUCCUCCUUGACGACUUUGAGUCUCGUGUGUCCAGAUGUCUGUCGAUGUACGAACAGGACUCUAAGAUGCAAUGCAGAGAUGGAGGCGCUUCUUCCAGCUACAAGAGACGCAUAUAGGAGACUAACAUUCACUCAUCUCUCUUUAAAAGUUAUCCCUAGUCUUGCUUUUGAAGGACUAAGCAGCGUGUUUAGAAUUGAGAUCUCUCAAAGUGACUUACUUGAAAGAAUAGAAUCUCGUGCCUUCAGUAGCCUUCACAACCUGUCAGAAAUCUCAAUCCAGAAUACUAAGAGCCUGGUGGGAAUUACUCAAGAAGCAUUCAAGGAUCUUCCGAAGUUAAGAUACCUGAGCAUUUGUAACACUGGAAUAAGAACAUUCCCUGACCUAACAAAGAUAUUUUCUGCUGUGCCUAACUUUUUUCUGGAAAUUAGAGACAACUUACAUAUAAAAACAAUACCGCCCAAUGCCUUUUUGGGACUGGCCAAGGAGCGUGUAACAAUGAAACUAUGUAACAAUGGCUUAAGAGAAAUACAAAGCCAUGCCUUCAAUGGGACAAAGCUUGAUACAUUGGAGCUGAAAGAUAAUAAACACCUCCGAAUAUUGCACAGAGAAGCGCUAAAGGGGGCCACGGGGCCAGAGAUAUUAGAUGUUUCCUCGACAGCACUAGAAUACCUUCCAACCUGUGGACUGGAGUCUGUCCAUAUACUGAUUGCUCGCUCUUCUUACUCCCUGAAGAAAUUACCGCCUUUUAGUGCAUUUGUCCAUCUACACGAAGCUCAUUUAACAUACCCCAGCCACUGCUGUGCCCUUCAGAAUUGGAGAAUCAAAACGCAGAGCUCUUUGAUUGCUAGUUGGACUAACCUAUCCAGACACUGUGAAGAGGAGAGAAGCAUGUCAGAAUACAUUUCAAUCCCCACAAAUGGACGAUCCAGCUCACCUGUGGUGACUCAGUUCCCCAUUACCUUGGAGUCUAGAUCCCAAACAGAGAAUUUAUCGACUUUUUCUGAGGAAGAGCUGGAAACGUUGGAUUUCCAGUACCCAGAAUUAGACUUCUGCCAGACUGAAAUAAAACUCCAGUGCACCCCUGAACCGGACGCCUUUAACCCUUGUGAAGACGUCAUGGGGUACGCUUUCCUGCGAGUCCUCAUCUGGUUUAUCAACCUCCUCGCCAUCACGGGCAACCUGACCGUGCUGCUGGUCUUCAUGACCAGCCAGCACAAGCUCACUGUCCCACGGUUUCUGAUGUGCAACCUUGCCUUUGCUGACUUCUGCAUGGGAGUCUAUCUGCUCCUGAUCGCCACAGUGGACUACAGAACGAGAAGUCAGUAUAACCACUACGCGAUUGAGUGGCAGACCGGUCCUGGGUGCAGCUCGGCUGGGUUUUUCACAGUGUUUGCCAGCGAGCUCUCUGUGUACACGCUGACUGUCAUCACCCUGGAGAGGUGGCACACGAUCACCUAUGCCAUGCAGCUGGAGCGCAAGCUCUGCCUAAGGCAUGCAGUGCUGAUAAUGCUGGUUGGCUGGAUCUUCUCUGUCACGAUAGCGCUUCUGCCUCUUUUGGGGGUCAGCAGUUACAGGAAGGUCAGCAUCUGCUUGCCAAUGGACAUCGAAACGCCACUCUCUCAGGCCUACAUCAUUGUAAUUCUGCUUCUAAACGUCCUCGCCUUUGUCAUCAUCUGUGUCUGCUAUAUCAAAAUCUACCUGGCGGUUAAAAACCCGGAGCUUGCCGCCAAGAAUACAGACACAAAGAUUGCCAAAAGGAUGGCGGUGCUCAUCUUCACAGACUUCACCUGCAUGGCGCCCAUAUCUUUCUUUGCCAUUUCAGCAGCCUUCAAGGUCCCCUUGAUCACAGUGACAAACUCUAAGAUUCUGCUGGUUUUAUUUUAUCCCAUCAAUUCCUGUGCAAACCCUUUCAUGUAUGCCAUUUUCACCAAAGCCUUUAGAAGGGACCUGUGUACCCUGAUGAGCUGGUUUGGGUGCUGUAAAAGAGAGGCCGAUACAUACAAGCUGUCCAUCUAUUAUUCUCGGAAGAAUGGCAGCUCGUUAACAGCUAACAGGAGUUCACGGGCUGUGUUAAAAAUGACAGCUUUCAGCUGCCAGCCUUCCCCGGGUAGACAGGAAGAACUGUUUUGCAAAGAAUGUGAAUAAAAAAAUGUUUGCUUGCUGGUGCAAAUUUGUAUUAAAUUAUAUUUCCAAUAAAAUAAUGUUGUGUGUGUGUACAUGGAAUAAUUACUGUUGCUGGAUAUUGGGGAUAUAAAAUGAGUAAGCCUGUACUAAACAGAAUUCGAUCCCCCGGCAUCUGCAUAUUUCUAGUUGCUUAUUGUUAAUUGUACUAUUUAAUACCAGAAAAGCAGUGCUCUGUGUUAAGACCUCAGGGUAGUUUGUAAUUUUCCCUGUGCUGUUUAAGUCCUUACAUUACAUUGUUUUAUUUAUUUUGAAUUUUAGCUUAAACAGAUUUCAGACUGAGAAGGAAAAAGUAGCACCAGGACAGAUCUUAAAAAGACCAGUGGAAUCACCUUUGAAAAGAAUAUAGAGGGAGUUGUGAGGCUUGAUGCUGUCAUCUUGGGAGGUCAGCAACAGAUAUAUAUUGUGUUGCAUUAAAGAAAAGUCAAAACUUUUGUGAUUGUGUUUUUCUGACUACAUAUGUCUGUAAACAGAUAGAAUGUACCACAGCACUUCAAUUUCAAUCUGCUAGAUUUAGGAUCUACAUGUUGCCUAAUGAAAGUUGCUGGGGUUGGAACAUGCUGAUUGGAGAUAUUACUGUAGCAAGGUUUUCUGUACAGAGUGAU